GAGUGGCAGAAAAACGAACUACAAAUCGAAACGACGGUUAACAAACAACCAACGACCAUCAACAAAAAAUCAACAGAUGUGCGAAUUAAAUUCGUUUUCCAAAGUGAUAUUUUUACUUUAAGGUUGAAAUGCAGAACUUGAGCGGGGACAAACGAUUUUUGACGCCGCGAGCACAGAUCGGUCGGGUCGUGCACAGAACAAACACGGCGGACCGCAAUAGAGUUUCAAGGAUGAAACGCCAAAUAGAUGACAUUGAGGAUGAAAUGGAGGAUGUGCAGCAAAAGCACGCCGAGCUGGAGAGGCGAUUCAAGGACGAACAAAUCAAAUCCAAAGAUUUGACCAAGCGAAGCCAAAACCUUCAGGAAGAGUCGGACACUCUGAGAAAAGAACUGAGUAACGAGAAAGAAAACAACAAAGAACUGCAGACUUUAAACACGCAGAAAAUUCGGGAACUGCAAAAGCUGCGAGAAGAGUUUGCAGCCCAUGUUGCCCAACAUGAGGGUCUGGUGGAAAAUUUCAACCAACUGAAAGAGGAAAAAACAAAACUCGCUCAAAGGCUCUCAGCCUCUGAAGCCUGCAGCAGGAACUUCAGAGAAAGCGAAGAGCAGCUGAGGAGUGAAAAUGAGACACUGAAGGACUUGGAAUUUCAACUCAGACAAGAACUGCAAAGGGUGAAAUUGGAGAACGAGCAAAUCAGUGAAAUGCUUUACUCGAGGAACAGACCAGACUUUGACGUUUCCAUGUCUCCUGCACGUUUAAGCGUAGGAGAAAAUAUGGCAGAGGCCGUGACUGACUUGAAGCUCAUCGAAAAGGACGAAGAAAUUGAAACUUUGUCCAAGAAGAUCGAGUCUCUCAUGACCAGAUUGCAAGAGUUGGAGGCGGAAAUUGACAAAAAAGACCGGAUGAUCAAUGGUGAGAAAGAAAAACGUGUCCAACUCGAAACGGACAGGACUGUCCUUGAGGAGAGGCUCGUCAAGUGCCUGGAGGAGUUGGACAUGUCCAGGGUAGAAACGGACACAAUUCAGAGGAAGGUCGUCGAGUUGAACGAGGACCAUUCUUCACUCCAGGCUGCCAUGGAGGAGCGUCUUGGUGAAAUCACUCGCCAGAGAGACGCCCUCGAGCAGUUGGAGAUGGAAAUCAGUGAAACUCGUAGCAGUUUGGAGAAAACCCACGCGAAUGAACUGAAGUUGCAAGGCAGCCUUGAGGAAGUAAACUCGAAGCUGAAUAAUUGCCAGUGCGAAUUGGCCGAGUCGAUGAAAACUCUUGGUGAGAAAACGCGCAGUCUGGAGUCGGUUCAAAACCAGUUGGUGAUUUCCAAAGAAAAAAUCAGCGAGUUUGAGGAGAGUUGCAAAAAGCUCGAGGCCGAUUUGCAGCAAAAGGAAGCUGGCCUCAUCGGUGUUGAGGCCGAGUGCAGACUUUUGAAGGAGUCUGUUAUCAAAUUUGAGGUUGAAUUGGCAGCAACAACAGAGGUGAUGCGCACCAAGGUCGAGGAGCUUGAGAGGCAGAAAUCGGAACUCGAAGAGGUGACUCUGGUUGCCGCUCGAUACAAAGAUGACUUUGAAUCAACCAAGCAGGAAUUGGAACAGACAAAGGCCAGUUUGGAUGAAAAGCUCGUUGAGCACAACAACUUGAAGCAGGACUACAAUGAAAGGUGCUGCGAGUUGAGCCAAAGUGUGGAGAAAUUUACCCACGUCGCCAAAGAGAAAGACAAACUGGAGAACGAGUCUGAGAACUUGAACCGCCACAUUGAGGAACUCGAGUGGGAGUUGCAGGAGUGCAGAGCCACUCUGGGAAUUCAGGUGGUUAAUUUGGAAAGCAAAAGGGCUGAGUUGGAGGAGCACAUCAAGAAAUUGGAGGUGUCUCUGGAGAGCACACGUCACGAGCUCUCGACGACUCAGGAAAUCUUGGCAUCCACUUCGGAAGCGAGGGACCAGCUGGUGGAACAGCUUUCCCAAUCACACCAAGAGGCCAAGUCCUCGAAGGCUGAGGUCUCCGAGCUGCAGUCCAGGGUUGAGUCGGACCAGGAUGCCUUGCGCUCAGCUGCUCGCCAGCUCGAAGAUGCCAAGCAGGAUAUUUCCAACCUGAAGGAAAAACUUGAACGUGAGGAGAAUGAAUCUGUAACGAGCAAGCGAGCCUUCUCGAGCAGUCUGGAAAGCAAGGAACAAAGUCUGCUGGAGAUGUCCCGUCAACUAUCCGAGACCUCGACCGCUCUUACCGAGCUGACCACUUGUCUCGCCAACAAGGAGCAGGAACUGGCUGACUGCAUUGAGGCCCUGCGCAGAGAACGAGUCCAUCUGAAGGAAAGCCGAGCCCAUGUUCAGUUGCUGACUGACAAUCUUGCUGCGUCUGAAAGUUGUCUCUCAGAGACUUGCGCCAAGCUUGAAGAAGCUGAAAGCAAAGAAGUCACUCUGAACAACACAUUAGCCUCUAGGAUGGAAAAGAUUGGCCAGCUUGAAGAGCAGCUGAAUUUGAGUUUUGUUGAAACCGAAGCCCUGAAAGAGAAACUGGAAGAUAAUUCUAAAUUGCUUUCCGAUAAGACCAAGUUGGCUGAGGAUGCUUUUGAGCAGGUCCUAAUUCUUGAGCAGUCUCUUUUUGAGAGUGCUGAGAACCAGAAGAUGAUUGAAGGUCGUUACAAAGAGGCCAAUGAUAAGCUCGAGCAAGUGACCUCACACCUUGCGGAAAAACAGACCAAAUUAGACUCGAUUGAGCAGCAAUUGGAGGAAAGUAGCCUGGCUCUGAGGAACCUUGAGCAAACGGUCCAUGAAAAGGAGGAUGAGUUGGCUCGAGUGGAGGAGGAACUCAAUGAAACAAAACAAAACGUGGCUAAUUUGUCCCAAGAGCUGGCAGAGAGUGCUAAGGUUUUGAAGGUCAAAGAGCAAGAGACGCAUUUGGCACUGGAGAAAAUUUCUCAGUUGGAGGCCAACAUUGUUGAGCAGGAGCAGAUCCUGAGCAGUGUGCAAAUGACACUUAAGUCCGAGAUUGAAGCCAAGUGUCGUUUGGAAUCGCAGCUCGAGACUUUAAACACCCAGCAAAGCAACGGAAAAAUUGCUCUUGAGAAGAAAAACGCAGACUUGGCCAAGUUGGAGAAAAAGUUGAGUGAUGAGAAGGCCAAGGUGGACCACUUGGAUGCAGACCUGGCCUUCAGCAAUUUGGAACUGAAGAAAUCCAGGACCAAGGUUGAGAAGCUGACGGAAGAGUUGGAAAGCAAGACUGGAGAAGCAGAGAGCUUAAAAAAUGAAAUCCAGGCCAAGGAGAGCUCCAUUUCUCAGCUACUUGAUAAGGUCCAAGAGGUGAUAGCUGCUUUGGGUGAAAAGACUGCAGAGCUUGAUGACCAGAUAAACCAACACAAUCAGACAAAGAGGAAUUUGAAUGAGCUAAACAUUCAGAUGGAAAUGGCUGGAGAUGCAAAUACAGAAGUGAGAGCUCUCACCGAGGAGCUGGAAAAACUGAGAGCGGAUUUGAUUCAUGAGAAGACUCUGAAAAGUUACGCGGACGAAAACUUCAACAGGUGCAAGGAGGAAAUUAAAUCAUUGCAGCAGACGCAAGAAAAGUACAAGCAUGAGAUGAGUUUGAUGCGAUCUUCACUGGCUGAAGUCCGCAACCAGUACUCUCAGCUGUCCAGGGCCAAUGACGCCCUCAAGAACGAGUUGCAGAUGAAGGCAAGUGACACGGAGAAGGCAAUAAGGGCCAAGUACGACAAGAAACUGGAGGAGAUGAAAGUCAAGUUGGGCGAGUACGUCAACAAUCAAGCGGCUGAACUGCAGAUCGAGAUCAGCAAUAAGCGCAAAGAAAGGGACCAGUUGAGAGUUUUGGUUGCCAAGUUGAAACAGGAGGCGGCUGAAAACAGGGAGAAGCAGAACAGACAAGCAGCUUCGUUGGCCGAGGAAACUGGUCUGCGUCGUCACCUGGAGGCCCGUCUGGCCGACUUGGAGCGCAAGCAGAUCAUCGAGCGCCAGAACAUGCCUCCGCCAAGGAGCGCAGUUCCUCCCACUCGACAAGUUCAAAGCUCUUCAAGUCUAGGCAGCUGGGCCGCCCCAAAGCCUGUCGUAGCUCAACCCAGAGCUCGCAGUCAGAACACAUUGUUGGGAAGUAGUAAUGCUUCGUCAAACACCAGCUCAGGUAGCACUCGACCUCUUCUCUCAGGUAUCGGCAACUUGCUCCGCAUGGAAGACGAAGAAGGCGAGCAGUUCAAUCCCAAGUUUUUGGAUGACCUGAGAACAGGAACUGGUGUUGGCAGUGAUUGGGAAACGGGAAGGUUGAGCGAGCUGCAGAGGCGCAACUCCCUCUACCCAAGUCACUUGAAGUCUUCUUACCCUGUCGAGACUCAGUUCCUUCCUGAUGUAAAGGAGGAAGAGCUCAAGGCUCCUCCAGCACCUGAUGAGAACGAAUGGCUUUUGGGCAAUGCCAGUCAUGACAACCGAAAGCAAAAAGAACGUCCGCAAGGAGUUCAGACCCGUUACAAGAAACCAGGACCUCCGACUCCUGGCAAGAAUAACAAAGCCCCAGGCGAAACCACCCCUAGGAGCGUUCUGCGAGAGUGUAACCAGAACACUGCCCUGCUCGACAGUGCCGGCAAGCGCAAGAGCUCGACCCCCAGUCGUUUGAGGCUGCUCUUCAUGGGCAGUUCAAAGCGUGUUGGCCAAGACAAAAGUUACUCAGACGAAAAUGAUGCAUGCAGGAACCCACUCAAGACGUCCACCCAGAUUUCACCUGCAAUCCGUCGACCAGUUCUAAUCCUAAUUAGCGUGCUUAUUUUCUUUAUUAUCUUUGUAACUUUUAAUCACUUGAUGUCUUGGUAUUUUAGCAAAACCACUUAUGUUGCAAAAUUUCCUGUUUAAAUUUGAAACAAGCUCAAACCUUCCUUUCACUAAUUUCCCUCGCUUAUUUUUGAUAAAAUUCUGUAUUUAUAUUCGAACUUUGUAUGUACCUGACAUUUUGUAAUGAUGUUUUUUUGUUAAACUUUUGUAAAUAAUGUACUCUAGUUGCAUGUAUCUUAUUAUGUUUGCUAAUGUAAUUUGUAUAUCAUUUGUAAAUUUGCAGAAUUCGUCGAUUACUCCGAGAGGAAAGAGAAACGGCAUUUUUCGAAGAUAGUAAGUGAAAAAAAUGUCACAUAGUAAUUUGUUAAAUGUUUUGUAGUCAAUAAUGAAUUGUUCUCUAGUAUUACUCAAAAUUAUGUGCUUUGCAUUCCAAUUGUUUUAAAAUAAUUAUUCUAUGUGAGAACAUAAUAUUAUGUAUACAAGCUUAAUUUUUUUCAAUGAAGCUGUUUGGGAAGUGAAAGCAAAGUAAGUAAAGUCAAAAAUAUAUUACUUUUACUUCAUUAAAAAUGAGGAAUUUAUU